AUGGACUCAGAAGUGCAUGGACUUGUCCCGAGUCACUUCUGUGUACUCCGAAAUGAGAAUUCUCUUUCCUUCCUCCUUCCCCCUCACAGCAAGGAGUACGGCAAUCUCAAGGGCGCAGGUGCGGACUUUGACUGCCUACACGACACGCCAUGCGCCACCACUGUCGCCGUGUGGGCUGUGGGCGGCAGAUCCUUCACCUUCCCGCCCAAUGUCGCCUACCCCAUUGGCCCGGGCUACUUCACCAAGUUUGUGCUGCAGGUGGAGAUGGACGCGUGCUACGACUUCUGUGCGUCGUACGACAAUGAAACACUCGGGCUGAACCCCAACAGCCCCACGCUCUCCAAGUUCUACGUGUGUGGGCCCAACUUCAUCCCCACAUACCAGCCCUGCAAGUUCUCAUUCGGCUCCAACACUCCCAAGAAGGUCGUCAACGGCUGCCCUGCUGAAAACCAAGCAUCACGGGCAGACAUCCCCUCUGACACCAUCUCUGCACCGCUCUCCGCCAACGCACCACCUGCACCUGCUGCUCAGAACCUCUCAUCGCGGGCAGACAUCCCCUCUGACACCAUCUAUUUCUGA